AUGCGCGCAUGGCCGGAAAGGCCUCUCUUAGCCGGCCCCACCCCCCAAGCCACCGCCCCCCAUGUCGACGCGGGACCCUACUUCCCAACGAUGGAGAACUUAGUUGGGUUUCCUCGCGCGCUCCCAUGCGUGUGUGCCUUUCAGUGGGGUGGACUAGAUGUCCCUUGGGGGACCCUUCCAAUUUUAUGAUUGUGUCUGUGUGUCACAUUGCACCUUCCGAGAGCGAAUGGCAAAUGUGGCCAGGUGCUAUUCCAGAAAAACCCAUCUUUUGUCGUUGGGUUCGCAGCCUCCUUGCAGCCAAAAAGCCUUUAUUGCAAGGUCUGCCAUGAGAGUCACGCGCCCCCGGCUUCUUUAAUUGCACAAAACAGACACUUGACAUUGUUCUUUUUGCAAUCGAGCAUUGUGCAAAUUUUAUGAAAUAAAUAAAAUAGCCAGGUUUCCCACAGUAGGCUUUUAUUUACAGCCCGACCUGGAGAUGUCGAGGAGUUUUCUUCAUGCAAAAGGAUGGGAGCUACCACUGAAUUGCAGCCCUUAAAACAUCAACUUCCACCCUGCCGCAAAUAACUACUGCUUGCUCUGGGUCUGCAUUGCCGAAGGGGAACUUUUUCUGGCCGGCAGCCGGAGGACUGAGGAUUGUCGGGUUUCUGUGGGCUUUUGAGUUUAUGCGUGUGGUUUUUCAAAAUUACAAUCUGCUUUUGAAAGGCGUGGUAAAAAUCUUCCAGGAAACUGUUUUAAAGAUGCUAUCAGUAUCAUGUCUCCGGCUCCUGGGUAAGCAGUGAAGGAAACCAGCGGCUCAAGCGUUUAGCGUUAAGCACCAGAAAUCAAAAUAUAAAAUGGCUUUUCUUCCAAAUCAAGUGAUAACGCUUUUUGAAACACACAAACGCUGCCUCGUCCCAAAUAUCACCGUAACUGGGAUAGCUCAGUCGGUAAAGCAUGAGACUCUUAAUCUCAAAGUCCCAUAUUGGGCAAAAAUAUUUCUGCAUUGCACGGGGUUGGACUAGAUGACCCUAGGGUCCCUUCCAACUCUUAUCAUGCUAUGAAUCAGAGCCGUCCAGUUAAGUAAACUACAACCCCCAGAAUGCACCUUGACUGGAUUGUGACGUUAGAGGGAAGUCUCGCACAGUGAUACCGCAUCACAUGUUCAAAGCGAUCUGCACGUUCUCAAGGAAACAGCUCCCACCUGGGCGCUUUUAACUGCCCUAUUUCUGCAAUCAGAUUGACUCCGAAGCAGAGAAGAGGAGCCUGUUCAGCAUCUUGUUAUUUAGUCUCCGAGGCAGGUGAGUUGCAAACGUCCAGCAAUUGCCGACCAUUAAAUGGCAGUAACUGCUUCAGCUGAUUUGGGCGUUGGUUGCGCCCGCAUGAGAGCUAAAUGAGUUUGGAGUGAAGUCGGUUUUAUUUUACAUUUAAGUCUUUCGCUUGAUCAAACGCUGGCCCCUUUUUUUGUUGCAAUGCUAAUUAAGGCAUCCUAGCUGAUUGGAUCCCAUUAUGUAGAAACAGCCCCUUUUAAGACGUUAUAUAGUGGGAAGGAAAGGAGGAGUCGUGUACCCCUGAUCCCCUUGUGUUUAUUGUAACGUCUGAAAGAGCCCCUGCGGGUGCAAGUGGACAUGCUUCGUUUGGGAAAGCAUGUGGCCAGAGAGGGAUGCAGCUGGGAGGCUUGUGGGCUGGCAGAGGAGAGUGACCUUGUGCCAUUCACAUAUUUGCGAGGGGUUUGUUGUGUGUUAAAACACGACAAACGACCUCUCUUGUGUGAAUGUGCGCAGAGACCAGCCGCAUGUGCUUCUCCCCGUCCAUAUUUUUAUGCUCAUUAUGAUCACUGUAAAGGUAAAGGGACCCCUGACCAUUAGGUCCAGUCACGGACGACUCUGGGGUUGCGGCGCUCAUCUCGCUUUACUGGCCGAGGGAGCUGGUGUACAGCUUCCGGGUCAUGUGGCCAGCAUGACAAAGCCGCUUCUGGUGAGCCAGAGCAGCGCAAGGAAACGCCGUUUACCUUUCCGCCAGAGCGGUACCUAUUUAUCUACUUGCACUGGCAUGCUUUCGAACUGCUAGGUUGGCAGGAGCAGGGACUGAGCAAUGGGAACUCACCCCGUCGCGGGGAUUCGAACCGCCGACCUUCUGAUCGGCAAGCCCUAGGCUCUGCGGUUUAACCCGCAGUGCCACCCACGUCCCUUAUGAUCACUGUAGCAGACAUAUAAAGCACGGACAAAAAUGCAAAUCUAGUGCUGCAUUGGCAGCAGUCUAGAGGGCCGAUUUCUGUCAGAUCAAGUUAAAAUCUGUGUUUCAGCGUAUUAACAUCUUCUACAUUUGUCUCUGCAUAGCUCCCCAAAUUGACCUGCAAGGACAUAGCAAAAAUGACGACGUGCCCUGAGUAUGCAAGCGAGAUGAGCGCUUGUGGAGACCAGCAGGAUCAGUGUGAGAAGCAUGAGGUUGUUUUCCGGGAAAGUGGCGAUGGGGAAAACCUCUGGGACACCUUUGGGCUUCUGCAGAUUGACGUGGGAUGUGAAAGCCCCAGGGACCAGUUGGCAGAAAACAAGAAUUGGUGUUCGGUAUGUACAGUGCAAACGGCAGACCUGUAUUUUGAAAUGAGUCCGUAACGCUGUGGGGCCACAAUAAUCCACACAAACAGCAGCUGCUGCCAAUAUCAUCAUCAUCAAUCUUUAUUACGGUCCAGAGACCCAACAAAUCAUUACAAAGCAAUACACAAUUUAUACAGCCUACCUCCAGGUUAAACAAGCAUUUUGUUCAGAAUAUAGGGAUCAUUUGUUCUUGCAACCACGAUAAAAACUUUGCCACUGCUAAUGUUCUAGCAUUUGUCCGAUCUUCCAGUAGGAACCUGACAUAGUGAGCCUCUGAUUUUCCCGGGAAAGGUACCAGCAAGGGUAGUAUCAGUUCAGCCCUGGCUUGCUCAUAUUUUGCACAAUGCAACAAAAUAUGUUUUAUGGAAUUGAUGUCUUGAGCACAUGAGCAAAGUCUGUUCUGGUAGGGAAAUAUAUAUACAGCCAAUAUAAAUCCAGCCACAUGGUUUGAGAGUCUAAGCAUUGAUGAUUGCCAAUUUCUUUUUCAAACAAGGGUGAUAUUUUGCUUUCAGAAAGUCUGAAAGGUCGGCAACGUUGUCUCGGCCUUCUGACUUCCUCACUUGCGAGGCAAGACGCAUGACACUCUUUAAUCCAUUUGUUAGCCACACUUGUUAAGGCAGAGGGCAAGGGUAGUGUAGUGUAGUGGUUAGAGUGUAGCGCUAGAACUGAGGAGACCAAGGUGCAAAGCUCCAUUCAGCCAUCAAGGUCCUUGCAUGACCUUGAGGCAGUCCCUGCCUCUCAGCCAAGCCUACUUUACAGGGUGGUUGUGAGAAUGAAAUGAAGGACAGGAGAAGAAAAUAUUGGAUAUAAACAUAGUGGAGGUGGCAGCCACAACUGUACAGUGGUACCUCGCAAGACGAAUGCCUCGCAAGACGAAAAACGCGCAAGACGAAAGAGUUUUCCGUUUUUUGAGUCGUUCCGCAAGACGAAUUUCCCUAUGGGCUUGCUUCGCAAGACUGCAAGUUCUUGUGAGUUUGUUUCCUUUUUCUUUAAGCCGCUAAGCCGUUAAUAGCCGCUAAGCCGUUAAUAGCCGUUAAGCUGCUAAUAGCCGCUAAGCCGCUAAUAGCCGUGCUUCGCAAGACGAAAAAACCGCAAGACAAAGAGACUCGCGGAACGGAUUAAUUUCGUCUUGCGAGGCACCACUGUAGUAGUUAGCCCCUUUCUUCCCAGUGUGAACUGCAGUUGGUGGCCUUGCAUAGUUUCCCCUUUAUGCUUCUCAGCUGUUGACUCCUUUGUGUGUGAGCCAAGUUGGCGUGAAAUGAGGGCAACUGGUGAAUAGAUUGUAAAAAUGAUAUUAUCCUAGCAGAAUUGAAUGAUACUUGUGCAUAAUAAACAAAUGGAAUAAAUAUCUCAGAGGAAUAUAUAGAAAAAGUUAUAAAACAAACUCUGCGAUAAAACCAAGACAAGAUAAAAAGUACAAUGAGAACGAUUGGAAGUUUAUUACAGGAGACUUUAUUGGAUAAGCUAUGGUGCCAUAUAAAUAAUUGGCUUUUUAACUGAUAUUCUUUUGUUAUUGUUAAUUCCUUUUUUAUUUUUAUUGUCUUUAUCUUUUUUCUCUUUUUCCAUUUUCGUGUAUAACUCUGUUGUAAUCAUUUGUAAUGUACGACUUUAUCUGUAAUGCAAGACGGUAUUUUAAAUCAAUAAAGACGAUAAAAAAAAAGAGAGGGUAACUGGUGAAUAAGGAGGAAUUCAGAAUUCCUGUUGUUGCCUGCAGUGUGGAGGUGGAUAUUAAAGAGCCCAAUGGCUUGUAUAUGCACUUCACUUCUCUCUACCUGUGUAAGUACAGAUCUUUUAAAAGUGGUGUAACACACAGGAUAUCGGGAUGCGGGUGGCGCUGUGGGUAAAACCUCAGCGCCUAGGACUUGCCGAUCGUGUGGUCGGCGGUUCGAAUCCCUGCGGCGGGGUAAGCUCCCGUCGUUCGGUCCCAGCUCCUGCCCACCUAGCAGUUCAAAAGCACUCUUAAGUGCAAGUAGAUAAAUAGGUACCGCUUUAUAGCGGGAAGGUAAACGGCGUUUCCGUGUGCUGCGCUGGUGCUGGCUCGCCAGAGCAGCUUCGUCACGCUGGCCACGUGACCCGGAAGUGUCUCCGGACAGCGCUGGCCCCCAGCCUCUUAAGUGAGAUGGGCGCACAACCCUAGAGUCGGACACGACUGGCCCGUACGGGCAGGGGUACCUUUACCUUAACACACAGGAUACCUGCAUUGCAAAACUCGAUGACUCUUGUCGCCCAUUCCAACUCUAUAGUUCUAUGAUUCUUUGUGUCCAAAUGUAAACAUGAUUACAUCUAAGUUAAGACUAGGGCUGCAAGCCUUGACGCAAGGAGAACAGGCAAGGUCAAUCAAGUAUCUCACCAGAUAAUGUGCACCAAUGGAGCUGUGUAUGUUUAGGAGGGGAAAGUUUGGGAGCUUUUAAAAGCACGUACACCAUUUUGAAUUCCGACAAGACAGUUGUGUUGAUGAAUGCUCCCCUGAGUAAUUUUAGACUUUUUCCUGUUUUCUGUACACUAAGAGAAACGUUUUAAGGAAGCAGAGGCACUGGGAGAAGAUAAUUUCGGCAAAAAAGAGCAAAAGGAAAUACGAGCGAGAACGGCGCAAAGCUAAGCACGUAGAAGGAAAAGGUACAAGCAAAAUUGCAUUUUUUCUCUCCACAUCUCUUAAGACCAUAGUAUGGGGAGCCAUGGGGUUUGGUCACAGCUGAUCACAGGCCCUUCGUGAAGUGGGACAAGCCUCCCCAAAAGACAGGAGCAGAACAUCUGCUUUGCACUCAGAAGGUUCCGAGUUCAAAUCCUGACAUCUCGAGGUAGGACUGUUAAAGGCUGCCUAAAACCCUUGCGAGCUACUGCCAGUCAGUGUGGGCAGCCUGAGCCAGUGUAAGACAGCUUCCUAUGUUCCUGCUAACAUUAGCCUUCUCCUGCAAUGUGCAGCUGCAAGAGAGUGCUGUUUGUUUUAGGGCACACUUUCCGUUCCUGCAGGGUAAUGUUGAGGCUUUACAGGCCUGGCUGCUAUUCUGCAUGAGCUGAGUUUACACGCCAGAAGAUGCUCCACCAUCUUUUGCAACGUUCUGGGGAGCUGGGUUUGUUGGCAGAAAACAUCAAAUGUGGAAAUGCUUCUCUGAAGCUAACAGGCAUGAGAACCACUGUCUUCAAAUGGUGCUUGAUUUAGAGGCGCUGAUUUAUUCUCUUAAAAACAUCUUCCAUGGGACUUUUACUCAGAAAUCCGUUUAUUUUAAGACUCUCUGUGUACAUAGAUAGUUUUAGAUGUGGGAGCCAAGCUUUUUAGAUGUGGGAUCUGAGGUUGAAGCAAUCAACUUGGGAUCUCUUAAGGGGCCUUGUUGGCACCCAAAACAUUCAAAUAAAUGGAGUGCGCUUGUGUAUCUUGCUCUCACAUUAUUCUGGUAAGAUGCAUAGCUACUGUUAUUCUACGUAUGAAUAUGAACCGUGAUAAUUCCUGCCAAACUCCACUAUCAAGCUGUAAAAAAGACCUUGGUAUUCAAAAGGCAGGCGAAUAAUCUCAUUGACUUCAUCAGACAGCCUCUCUGUGCAGGGAGAUUUUGACCCGUGAGGACUUUCAAAUAGGGCACAAUCUCAUCAAGGACCUUAAUAUUCGCCAAUGCUACAUCUGCACGUUUUAAUUUGGCUUAGAUGUGAGUGACUGGAUGUUCUCUCCCCCCCCCAAUACAAUUCUCAUAUUUGCCUGGGUUUCAGAUGCUGUUCCCCAGCUCAGCAAGUGGGAUUUGAAAGUGAUUGCCAAAGAGCGCCUUCUGGAAGCCAAGGAAUCGGGCCCUCGGCUGUGUAUCGAUUUAAGCAUGACUGCUCACAUGACGAAGAAGGUAGUGGCAGUGAAUCCUCUCCACCACUUUUUUUUCCAUGGCUAGCUUAAGGGAACUGUGGGCCUCUGCUCUUUGGCUGAGUAGCCACUACAGUUGUACCUCUGGUUACGAACGCUUCAGGUUACGAGCUCUGCUAACCCGGAAGUAGCUGCUCCUGGUUGCGAACGUUGCCCCAGUAUACGAACGAAAAUCGCACACAGCGGGAGGCCCCAUUAGCAGAAGCGCACCUCAGGAUAAGAACGGUUUUAGCUUAAGAACGGACCUCUGGAACGAAUUAAGUUCGUAACCGGAGGUACCACUGUAUUGAACACAUCACAGGCCAUUUGUAAGAGAACAAGGGUGUGUUCAGUGACAUCACUUGGCAAUGUCUCGAUUUACCACUGAGAAAUGCUGGUGGGGCAGAGGACUGGACCUUUGAAUUCCUCCUCAUUUUAAAAUACAAUACUUUCAAAGCUCAGAUGUCAGGUAAGAGUCUUCUCCCUAACACACGAGUUGUCUGUGUACAAGAGGAAGAUUUAUUUCUUUUCUUUUUUUCCAAAUUAUUUAUUAGUUUUUCAGAUUGUUACAAAUCAAACCAAAUUGCUUUAAUUUAAUACAUUUUUUUUAAAAAUCAGGUUUCCUCCUCCUGUUGCAAACACAUGUCCAUCAUUUCCUCCUGUAGCCACCUCAUCUCUUCUUUAAUAUCCAUUUCAUCCUUCACUUGUUGUUGUCCGUUCUUACAGCAAGCCAUUGUUUCUUCCCCACAAACAGUUCCUCUGUUAUUUCUUACAAAUAUAAAAUCCAUUUCUCAUGUGUAGUGCUUCAUAAACCUUGUUGUCUCAGACCUGGUGUGCUGGAAGAGUUGAUUAUUACUGAGGAAGAUUUAUUUCAACGCACAGGAUCCUGCAAACAUUCCUCCCGCAUCUGCAGUCUGAAAUAGUACAGGCCUGUAAGAUGGAGGUGAAGAACCUCUGACCCACAGGCCAAAUUGCAUCCACCAGAUCUCCCUAUUUAGCCUGCUAGGCCAUUUUUCUGAAACCACGCUCAUUUGCCUCACACCAUGACGUCUAGUGGGACACGGGUGGUGCUGUGGGUUAAACCACAGAGCCUAGGACUUUGCUGAUCAGAAGGUUGGCGGUUUGAAUCCCCGCGACGGGGUGAGCUCCCGUUGCUCGGUCCCAGCUCCUGCCAACCUAGCAGUUCGAAAGCAAACCAGUGCAAGUAGAUAAAUAGGUACCGCUCCUGUGGGAAGGUAAGCGGCAUUUCCAUGUGCUGCUCUGGUUUGCCAGAAGCGGCUUAGUCAUGCUGGCCACAUGACCCGGAAGCUGUCUGUGGACAAAUGCCGGCUCCUCGGCCUAUAGAGCGAGAUGAGCGCCACAACCCCAGAGUCGGCCACGACUGGACCUAAUGGUCAGGGGUCCCUUUACCUUUAUGACGUCUAGUGUAGGGCAGAGAGCAGGCUGCAGAAAGCAGGAUUGAACUCCUUGCACACCAGCUGAUCUGUGGCGAGUUCAGUCCUGCUUGGACUGCUGCUGGCCUGCCUGAUCCAUGCACAGAAAGUACCAGAGAUUCCUGUUGUUUGGUUCUAAGUUACGCAGACUGGAGACCAGUGGAGUCCUACUCAGAAGGCACUGGCGUUUACUAGGCCACUCACGGAUUUUCCAGUUUUGCUUCCUUUGCUUCCUUAAUUCUGGGUUAAGUGGUGAAUGGGUCUGUUUUACCACGCUGGUGAGGAGGAGUAGCUAAUUGAGAUCAAGAGCUAUGUUGAGUUUAACAGCAUCCCUUACAGUGGUACCUCGGGUUACAGACGCUUCAGGUUACAGACUCCACUAACCCAGAAAUACUACCUCGGGUUAAGAACUUUGCUUCAGGAUGAGAACAGAAAUCGUGCAGCGGCAGCAGGAGGCCCCAUUAGCUAAAGUGGUGCUUCAGGUUAAGAACAGUUUCAGGUUAAGAACAGGCCUCCGGAACAAAUUAAGUUCUUAACCCGAGGUACCACUGUAUUUUGUACUGAGUGUAUGGUGGUUGAGUCAGCCAUCUUGGAAAAUACACAGAGUGCUAGGGCAAAAAGGCCCGUUGCCAGUUUACCUGAUCGUUUUUCUUUUCUUCCUCUCAAGGAAACAAGCCGGCUUGCUGCUCAGAUAAGGCGGCUCUAUGGGUCAAACAAGAAAGCUCAAGCCCCCUUCUGGAUCUACCUCACAGGGUUUGUGAAAAACAGCCCAAUUUACGAAGCAUGCCAGAGGAUGAAUGAUGGAUUUGCCAGUUAUCAUGUAAGUAUAUCCCCCUCCUGCCUUCAAGAAAUAAAGUCAGUGACUUUUUGAAGAGCAAACAAAGCCAUUUCUUGCCAGAAGAACCAAGAAUUUUGAGGUGAUUAAUCCUGGAAAUGUCCUUACUUUCUAGAGUUGCUCAACGUUGAAACUGUGGAUAAAUGCUAAUUUCAUUCUCUGGAUUUGUAUUUGCCAGGUUCAUUAAAUGCUAAUUUCAUUUCAUUAUCUGGAUUUGUAAUUGCCAUUUGCUUAUUAUUUAGCAGACCUUGGAAAAACAAAUAACCCCAGGCUUGAAUUAGGCCAGAGAUGGCCUCUUGUUUCCAAAAGAUGUCUGCCUUUUAAAAAAUUCAAUCCCAUACACAUGGGUUAUAUUGUUUUACUAUUUUUCAGAUGGAUGUUACUCCAGAAAGUUACCUUGACCUGUUUCCUUUAGAAAGAAUUGUGUACCUCACUCCAGACUCCGAGAACGGUACGGCUUUGCAGCUUCGGCAUGAAAGAUUUCUGUUAAAGCUUUAGAUUCUUUUAAAUGAAAAAGUUCUUGCCUUGGGGAUUUAGGUUUCAUCCUGGCCAAACUUGUCUCCAGCCUUUUGCUUGUCUUAGGUGGUAAUAUUCAACUCUCAAAUUUGCAUCUUCUUUCAGCUUCCUCUCAAACCAUCAGUGUAAGGCAAUGCUUUGUGAUGAGAGUGCUGGACGAGCCGUCCGCAUAUGCCAUCCUAAGCAACAAAUCUUAGAUUUGGUUCUUGGUCAGAACAAAUGGUGGCAAAUGAGAGAUAUCUCUGCAGCAUUAAGUAGGCCUCUGUAUUCUCAGAUUCAGGUCUUUUUCUAAAUUUGGAGUCAGGGAUCAACUUCACUUUGGGGUGGGUGAAACAGAUCCCAUGCUCUCUACAGAUGUUUUUGGCCAUGCUGGCUUGAGGGGAGUUGGAGCCCUAACCACAUCUGGAGCUUCCAUCCCACUCUGGUGAUAGUACGCAGUUCUGCCUAUGUGCUCACUGCCAACAGAAAUACAAGCAAACCUCUGAUGCGAAGCGUGGAGAAAGUGAUUAUCCUGAACGGGGGUCAGCAAACGUUUUCAGCAGGGGGCUGGUCCACUGUCCCUCAGACCUUGUGGGGGGCUGGACUAUAUUUGGGGGGGGGGGAAUGAAUGAAUUCCUAUGCCCCACAAAUAACCCAGAGAUGCAUUUUAAAUAAAAGGACACAUUCUACUCAUGUAAAAACACGCUGAUUCCCAGACCAUCUGCAGGCUGGAUUUAGAAGGUAGUUGGGCUGGAUCCGGCCCCUGGGCCUUAGUUUUCCUACCCGUGAUCUUGAAUAAUGGAAUACUGAAUGGUAUAGUUUUUGUAAAAUAUGCAGGGAUUCAUGACAUGUAAAAUGAACCAUGGAAAAAGAAGAAGGGAAGUCAUUGAUAUCUUAAGGAUGUAAAAGGAGUAUUUUUAAAUUGUACAUUGGGAAAUUUAAUAAAAAUAAUAUGUAAAAGAGAGAGAGGGAAAGUGAUUAUCUUCUGCAGCAAACUUUGCAUGGACACCAGAUUUCCAGAGUGCUUGUUAGCUUACUUGUGGAUCAGCUUCACGUGUCUGGAAUGACACAUUUUUGUCUCUCUGUGUCAGUCAGUAGAGCAUGAGACAAUCUCAGGGUUGUGGGUUCAAACCCCAAAAGAUCCCUGCAUUGCAGGGGGUUAGACUAGAUGGCUCUCGUGGUCCCUUCCAACUCUGAUUGAAAAGUAGUGCUGUAUCCACAAUUGCCUGGCAGAAUAGAAUUUUUUUUCAGCAGGCAUUUAGAAGCUGGCACAGAAGGCGCCUGCUGAAUCUCUAGUUGCAGAGAGUUUUAUUUUAUUUUAUUUUCAAUUUUUUUAUUGGUUUUCACAACAUUAUAAACAAACAAACACAUAAAACAAACAAACACAAAUCAUAGCCUUAUUAAAAAUUACACUUACUAACAUUGUUAAGUGACUUCCUCGCUUCCCCUUGGUUGAAUUUCAUUGCACGUCCUUUUAACGGUUUUCCAAAUCACAGUUCUUAAAAAAAAUUAACUUAAACAUUAACAUCCUUAGAUCUUCCAAUUAUGAAAUUAAACAUGUUAAUUCAUCACUUAACUUAAAUAAAAUCCUAAGCCAAUUAAGUAUCUGCAAGCUGUUUUCAGUUAAUUUAACGUAACAUAUUUAACGUAAGUUAUCAUUAAAUUUGAUCCAAUCUUCCUGAUACUCCUCCUCCUUCUGGUCGCGGACUCUUCCGGUUAGGUUGGCUAGCUCCGAAAAAUCCAUCGUCUUCAUCUGCCAUUCUUCUAUCGUUGGUAAUUCUUGGGUUUUCCACUUUUUAGCUAACAAAAUACGAGCAGCAGUUGUAGUUGCAGAGAGUUUUAAGGAGAGUUUGGAUGGUCAUCAGUCACAGAUGAUUUACUUGAGAUUCCUGCAUUGCAGGGGGUUGGACUAAAUUACCAUCAGGGUCUCUUCUAGCUAUACAAUUCUAUAAUCUAUGUUUCUGUUGCCAUUCUAAUGCUGUCAUAUAAAUGUGUCACUGUUGUUUUUUUUGUUUACACACGUGCUCACGUUUCUUUUUUGCAUUCCAGCUCUCGAGGAAGUCGACCCGCGAAAAGUGUACAUCCUUGGAGGUUUGGUGGAUGAAAGCAUCAAAAAGGCAAGUGCGUUGCACACGAUACAAGCUAUGGUUUUGAUGGAAACUUCUGCACGUUUUCAACUUCUAACGUUAGUCAUGCUGCGGCUUAGGCCCGUGCUUCGGUAUCCUCUCGUAGUAAAAAAGUUCCCGUACCUUUUCAGGCGGUUGUUGGGAAGAGGAAAUUUCAGCGAGUGCUGCUUUCUUCACCUUUCCACAACACUUGCUGCUAGAAGAAAAUUACUAGGGUGUCCAGAUGCAACUCUGUUCCUUUUAAAACUAGUGAACGCUCUGUGGGGUGGCUGUAGCAGCUGUUGAGUCUUUGUGUAUAAUUUUAUGAAGUUUUCUGUUUUACAAUUUAAAAUACUCAUUUUACAUCCUUAAGACAUCCCUUCAAUGUCAAUGACAUCCCCUCUUCCCUUUCCAUGGUUCAUUUUACAUAUCGUAAAUCCCUGCAUAUUUUACAAAAAACUAUGCCAUUCAGUAUUCCAUUACAGUGGUACCUCGGGUUAAGUACUUAAUUCGUUCUGGAGGUCCAUACUUAACCUGAAACUGUUCUUAACCUGAAGCACCACUUUAGCUAAUGGGGCCUCCUGCUGCCGCCGUGCCGCCAGAGCACGAUUUUUGUUCUCAUCCUGAAGCAAAGUUCUUAACCUGAAGCACUAUUUCUGGGUUAACGGAGUCUGUAACCUGAAGCGUAUGUAACCUGAAGCGUAUGUAACCCGAGGUACCACUGUAUUACAUCCACCAAAACUUACUUGCGCUGCUUAAUUUAUCUUAAUGCUGCCAGCGUUUUCAGCUGUUCAGUGGUACCUCGUUUUUUGAGUGUCUCGGAAGCUGAACGUUUCGGUUUUCAAAUGCCGAAAACCCGGAAGUAAAUGCUUCCGUUUUCGAACGUGCCUCAGAAGUCAAACGCCUUCUGCUGCAUUUCCCCCCAAUUUUCUCCAUUGACUUUGCAGACCGCCCUUUGUGCUUCGGUUGUCGAAUGUUUCGGAAGUUAAACGGUCUUCUGGAACAGAUUACGUUUGUCAACUGAGGUACCACUGUACACAAUUAUUUCCCAUAUAUUCAAUAACCGUUUUUCCGUCUUCUUUAAACGUAUGUUCUUAUUGUUCUCAACUCAGCUGUUGAGUCUUUGGGUUGAAUUGCAGCUCACUCAUGGGCUCCUGGUGAGACAGUCCCCAAGGGACCAUUUAUGUGACUUUUCUUUUAUAUAUAUAUUUACAGAGACUCACCUUCCAAAGAGCCCAGGAAGAACAUCUGCAAACAGCACGGCUGCCAAUCCAAGAGUACAUGGUAAAGAACGUCAAUGCAAAGAAUUAUCACUCCACAACAUUGGCCAUCAAUCAAGGUGAGGUUGCAGUGUUUACUGGAAGUUUGUUAGAAUUCCUGCUCCAUGAUUGCAGUCAUAGGAUUGUUGUCUUUCACAUGACGGUAUAUGUUUUGACUCCACAGAGUGGGAAGGACGAAGACAGGAUGUUUGUGUUACCGUGUUCCGUGAAGUGGGACUAUUGUCCUUUGUUCUUUUUCUCUUUGCUGUCUGAUGCUAGAGAGAGAGGGAGCCAUGUUGCAGUGCUCCGUGUGUGUUUAUACGUAAAUAAAGUAGAUUAGCCAAAAUGCUGAGUUGCUGAGGUCUGUCACGCAAGGUGCGCAAACUCCCUAAGUGUGCCUGUGGCUGUUGGCAUCGGUCACUGUGAUGUUCGGGCAGAAGAAAGCUUAUGAAGCUCCCGAACGAUCGACCAGGAGGGAGGGAACAUGCCAGUCAGGCAUGUGUCUCUAUCAGGGUCCUACUCGAGUGUAGGCUGAACUCCUGACAGGAAUGCAUCCCUUAGGUGAUGUGUUGCCGCCAGUUUUCCAAUGCAACCUGCAGCUGCUGUUUGUUCCGUUAAAUGGGAGGGUAUCCUAAAGUAUUUCCCCCUCUUUUUGAGCUGGGACACCAUAAUCAAUCAAAUCAAAUUUAUUAAACGGUCACAGACCAGAUUAACUCGUACAGCUAGUCAGCGAAGCAUAACACCGGAAAAAACAAAGGACAAUUUCAAUACAUAA